AUGGCUGCUACCAGCGCGAGUUUAUACCUCGCUCCUUCAACCCAGUCUUCCUUGUUGACUGAUCCCGACAGCUUGGUGCAGCAUCACCGCAGCAUGCAGAUGCCAGUUAGCCAGCAUAGCCAGUAUAGAGACUUACCAGAUAUCAAAUACAUGCCGCCGCAACAGCAAAAUGGACAUCACAUGGGACACCACUCGCCUAACCCCUGGGUGUCCCAUACGGACACGUCUGCCCACUGCUGGUCCUCCAUGGGUAUGGGAAUGCUGUCUCAGGGGCUACACAAUGUCCAGGACAUGAAACCCUUGCAGGUGAACGACUCGUUAAACCACCAAAACACCUUACACCACCGGGCCCAGCAGUCUCUCCACUCGACCCAUGGCUGGCAGACAGGAGUACCAACGUCUCACCUCAAUAUGAACGGUACAACACAGCUACAACACCACAGCUACGGGCUGGGCAUGAAUGGCAUGCUGUCCCCUGGUCAACAGCCCGUCAUGCACCCCUCCCUAAGGGAACCUGACCACGACUUGGAGCAGAGAGACCCCUCGGACGAAGAAGCCCCUACCUCGGACGACCUGGAGCAGUUCGCUAAGCAGUUUAAGCAGAGACGUAUCAAGCUCGGCUUCACGCAGGCGGAUGUAGGACUCGCCCUAGGCACGCUCUAUGGUAAUGUUUUUAGUCAAACAACAAUCUGUAGAUUCGAGGCCUUACAACUCAGUUUUAAAAACAUGUGCAAACUCAAGCCUUUGCUUCACAAGUGGUUGGAAGAGGCCGAUUCUACCACCGGUUCUCCAACAAGUAUAGACAAAAUCGCUGCUCAGGGACGCAAGAGGAAAAAGCGAACGAGCAUCGAGGUAACUGUCAAGGGCGCGUUAGAAAACCAUUUCCUGAAGCACCCUAAACCGUCAGCUCAAGAAAUCGCCCACUUAGCGGACCAGUUACAACUGGAGAAAGAAGUGGUGCGCGUGUGGUUCUGUAACCGACGACAGAAGGAGAAAAGAAUGACACCCCCAGCAACCAUUGGACCGAAUGGUGAGCUGAUCAUGGGUCAGGACGGUUCUAUAAGCCCCAUGUCGGGCAGCCCAAUUCAUUCCUCGGGCAGCCCAAUUCACUCUAGUAACGGGGGAGGAUCACCAUUGAUGCCUUCUCCGUUGCCUUCACAUUCUUUAGCCCAGGGCCUGGUUGCCCAACCUUUGGGCCCCAUAACAACACAGGCUCACCAACAACCACAACAACAACAACACGGAUUGUCUCAUCACCACCCGCAGCAGCACUAUAGUACUCACCACUCGCCGCACUACCCGUCACAGCACUCGCCGCACUACCCGUCUCAGCACUCGCCGCACUAUUCGUCUCAGCACUCGCCGCACUAUUCCUCACAACACUCGCCGACACAGUGAUCCGUGUUAUUUCUUUGGGCUUGUAUACCAAGUGAAAGGCAAGACUGUGAGUGACUUGUAAGUAAUGUACAUUUCCCUUGGCAAGAAAAUUUUUAAUUUUUAAGAAACGUUGUAAAUAUAAAUAUAUAUAUAAGAUACAUUGUUACAGUGUGACGUUGAGACUGCGGUCCACAUUUUUUUGUGAACAGUGCAACCGACGAUUGUUUUUCACAUGAAAACAACCGAAAUUUAUCUUCAUGCAAAUAUGGUCAACUGGUGACUGAAUUCAUCCACCCUAAUGAGAUUUGGACUCUCUUCUGUCGGACGGUCUGACUGACCGUGUGCUGACAUGGAGGAACUGUCUUUACUAAGAAGAACUGUACUGCAGUAUCUAACAUCUAAUUCUCCCGAGCAAGUCGCUUGAGGAUAGAAAUCAAGGUCUGUAAUAUUGUAUUAUUAUUCUGUCUCUUUUUCUGUACAUAAGUCCUAUAACUGCCAUUAUUAUUUAAGGCAAAAGAUUCGAGAGUUGUAGUUUUUAGCUGUUUUUGCAAAAUUCCUUCCAUCUGGGACACAGCCCGAGUGCUUGAUUUAGAGGGGUUGAAGAUAUAGGAGUCAUAUGAGGUACAUCGACUGAUCAGUGACUGUCAUACCCACAAUUAUGUCAUUUAUCACUGAGAUGGGUUUUUUUUUUUCGAGGAAGUAAAAUUUAGAGAAAUCUUUAGUUUUUUUUCCACAUGAUUUUCUAUACUCGGAAAAAUCCGAGUCUAGCUUAUUUUUCACAUCAUUCCUGUCUAUUUAUUUGCCUCAAAGCAGCUAUGUAUUCAGUAAAGACAUUCGGGUACAAAUACAAGCUGGAAUUGUGUAUAACCGGCAAGCCGAUAACUGUAGAUAUUUUAUGGCGAAUUUAUUUAAUGAAAUAAUUAUGUUUGUUCAAUUGUUUUUAACGCUGGCUAUAUGUACACAUAGGCCAAGAGGCUAUGUUCUUUUUUUUUGUCUUUUGCAAUCAGUCCUUUUUUGUAUUGUGAUCGAAAAUUUAUAAAAUAGGCAUAAAAUACAACGCAUAAUUUUGUUAAAUUAUAUAUUUAAUUGAACCGAGAUUUUCCAGAAAAAUUCAAUCAGUUUUGAGUAUUAAAUGUUUAUUAAUAUAUACGGAAUAACCAGGAGGGUAUGGACAUAUUUUGAAAGAACUGAUAUUACAGUAAACGACGACGAAAAAUCAGAUAUACUGUUAACUCACACUUUCGGUGUCAUUCGAGUGAAGCAGAAUUCGCUUUUUUAUCUCACUUCUUUAUCCCUGGUGAUAUAUGCCAGAGUUAAUUUAUAGAUCUCUCUUUAAUUCCAUUACCAAACGAAGUCAGCACCUACCCGGUAGAUUGUGUAACACUUUUUUUGUUACAAUGAAACCGAGGUAUAACCGUUGAACAACAAAACGUUACAUUUUUCCGAGUACCAUAUACGGUUUGUGUCCAAUUUAAAAUCACACUUUUUUUUUCACACAACGCACAGAAUAUGGUUAUAUUAUACUCUUGUGUUUUCAGACACAGAUAAUUCAUUCCAAUCAUUGUUUAAUUAGAGACUUUUGUCUGUUUCAUCUACAUUCCUUAAUAGCCUGUGUUUUGUUAUUUAAAAAAAUGCACUCGUGUGACCUUUACAAAAACAAAUCCAAAUUUACCGGGUCUCAACCUAUACCUUUUUUGCUACAAAAUCCUUUCCUGGUUUGAGAUUUUAUGAUGAUUUUUUUUGGAAUGCACCUAUACUUUUGAUUUACUUUUUAAUGUGAGAGCAAUCUUUCUCUUAACAGUGAAUGGUUGAAUGAUUAUGGCUUUACGCCACAUGGGUAUGUUUUCAGCCAUGUUUCGUAUAAUAGUGGGCGGGGCAUAUUUAUGUUUUAAUCACGAUGUAAGCCCAGAAGUGUGUUAUCAUGAUGCUUGAAGACUGGUUAUUUCUAAAACACUGAAAUGGA